AAGAUCCUUUCGCUAUCGAUGUUAAUGUUUACAUUGAAAGUACCCUUUGGGUAAGUGAAACCGAGUGUGGUUGAACCAAAUCGUAUAAAGACUAUAAAUCAGUCUCGAUUUUGGUUAGUUCAUCAUCAGAUUUUAGUGAAUUUACAUCAAGUGGAUUAACAUUUGAACAUUGAUCAACAUCAAACAUCAUCUAAAUAACCGAAAUGUCUUAUUCGAGUCCAAAAAUUAUUGCUAAAAUUUUAGCCAAUAUUGCAUCUUUCGCCGCAUUGUGUUUUAUUGUUUCAUUGGUUGGACUAUCUGGAACUGAUGCUAGCCAGGAUUCGGUUAAAGCUUCAUCGGCCAAUUUAACAGCUUAUAAUACGCCUUAUGCUUUCUAUGACUAUGAAAGAGAUCCUCGUCGUUGGUUUGGUAACGGUCAAUAUGCUCCUGGUGCCUCAUAUGCUGGCCCAUUGGCUCAAUUUCCUGGUGGAUUGGAAGCCAUUGCUAUUGGUCUUAUGAUGGCUGUUGGUGCUGGUUUCAUUGUUAUUCCUUUAAUGAUCAUCCUUUACAUGAUCUUCAUUCAACCCAAUGGUAAUCCAAAUCUCAAUGGUGGAUUCAAUUUCAUUCAACACCCAGCAACAACCACGAUCGGAGGACGUAAACGACGAGAAGCAUCUAAAAAUGAUCAUCUCGGUCUGCCAGAAAUGGUGAGUCCAGUUAUCCAGGAGAAAGUCAUGUCUUUUUUCAAGAAAUUUGCUGAUGCUCCAGCUCGAAUGGAAUACCUUAAGAAUAUUCUUAAACCUUAGAGUGAUUUAUUUUAUUAAUCAAUACUAUGAAAGAAAGGCUGAGCAGAGCUAAGUCGGAAUAUUUUUUACUGAUGACUAUUAAAAACCACCGCAUUCUGGAGCAGUAAUAAUUUUUUACAUAAUUUUUAAUUUUUUUGAAUAGUUUAAUGUAGAUAUAAUUUUUGAAAUCAAUAAAUAUUUUAAUUCAAUAUUUCGAUUAAUGUCGGUUUCUGUAUUGCAUUAUUUUAACUGCCUGAUAGUUGAGCAAGUUUAUUAAAAAUCAGCAAUUCUUGAAUCCGCAAACCUCACUCUAAUUUUGAAACUUGCACAGAUUCAUAACGAACGUUGGCUAAGGAUUGAACCAAUCUAUUAAUCUAGUUCACCUAUUAACCAAAAAAAAACAAAAAGACUGUGGGCUUGUGGGUUGGGACUUUGUAGGGGCAUAAAAACUGAGUUCAUUAAAACGUACUAUUCUAUACAUUGUAGUUUAUAUGAAAAAAGAUGCACAUUCAUUGCAAGCCUAAAUGUUUUGAACGUCUUUUCAUAUCCAUUCAAUUUGGACUCAUUUUGUUAUUUGAUAUCAAAAUGAAACAAAAAAGUCUACAACACCGGGGGUUCCCAAGUGGUCUCCCUCCCAAGUACUAACCCGGCCCGAAACUGCUUAACUUCGGAGAUCGGACGGGAUCCGGUGUUUUCAGUCUGGUAUGGUCGUAGACACAAGAAUAGUUCAAUACUGGAAUAUAAACAUAAGACUUAUUUUAACAGACAAUAUCGAUUUUUUGCUUUAAGCUCGAAUUGUAAAUUAUAGCGAGAAAAAUGUGCAUGGA